AUGACAAAAUUCAGAACUCAACUUGCAUAGUACGGACUAAAAGUUAAAGAAAUGGGUGCUGAUGGGAAUUGUUUAUUUCGAUCAUUAGCUGACUAGCUUGAAGGUAAUGAAAAGUUGCACAGAAAAUACAGACAAGAGGCAUGCGAUUUUAUCGAAUAAAAUAAGGAAUAAUAUGCUCCAUUUAUUGAAGACGAUGAGACAAUUGAUUAAUAUUUGGAGGAUAUGAAUAAGGAAAGCACUUGGGGAGGACAGCUUGAACUUUAGGCACUCUCAUUGCUAUAUAAAUUUAACUAUAUAGUACAUUAGGUUGAUAACCCAAGUAUGGCAUUUUCCAGUUUCGACUGGGGUACUGUUCCUACAUUGCAUAUUAGUUAUCAUCUUGGUGAACAUUACAAUUCCGUCAGGCUAAUUGAGGAUCCUUGCAAUGGACCUCCUUUGACUAUUGGACAUAAAUUAGAAAUAAAAAAUCCCAUGGUAAAUAUGGAAAAUAACGAUCAGGAAGAAGAGAAGAAAUAACCCAAUAAUGAUGAUGAUUCUAUAUCUGUAAUUCAGAAUAUAUCUUAUUAAAAUUUAUAGAGAGAUCAAUUAAUAUAGUAUGCAAUGACCGUAACAGGAUUAAUGGAAUAUGACAUAAUGGAGAAGUCUAUGGUUGAGUGUUUUGGAGAGCAUCUUGAAAUAUCAUUUUAGAGCAUAGACCAGACACUAUCUUUGAUAUAAAAGUAUUAUGAGGAUAUUGAGAUUGAAAGUCUUUAAAUGAAUUUUGCCAAAACUCUAACUUUGAAUAAAGAAGAAUCGAAAAAUUCCUCAACUCCUUAAAAAAGUAAAUCUGUCAAUUUUGAUGAUGAAAAAAUCAAGGAGUUAAUGAAAGAUGGCAACAUGCUUGAUAAAGAUAAUAAUGUAAUAUCAAUGCCAUAAAAGAAUAAAAACUGCGUGUGUGGAUCAAAGAAGAAGUAUAAAAUAUGCUGCUUCUAAAGAGAUUAGGAUCAGAAAGACGUUUAUAUUGAAAAAUAUAACAAGAAAGUAGAGGAGGCUAAAAGUAUAAAUAAAGGACUAUUAAUGCUUUGA